AUGGUUAGACACCACAACCCAGAGAUUGAUUGGAACAUGCGUACCCUUUCCUUCCCUCACACUCCACUGGAACAGGUAGCCAUUGCUGAAGAGGAAGAAGCUGACAAGAACCCUCUUGAAGGAGUACCCCCCAAGUACCAUCAAUACGCCAAGGUAUUUGGAGAAGAGGAAUUCAACAAGCUCCCUCCCCAUAGACACUACAACAUUGGGAUAGAACUUACGGAACAGGGCCCCCUAAACUCCCCUCUUUAUAGCAUGACUGAUGCCAAAUCCGCUACACUCAAGGAUUGGCUCAGGGACAAACUUAAGGCUGGAAAGAUCUGCCCCAGCAAAUCAUCCAUUAGUUCCCCUGUCAUGUUUGUUCCCAAAAAGGAUGGCUCCUGUCAUCUGGUAGUUGACUACCGCCGCCUAAACAAUUGGACCAAGAAGAACGUAUAUCCAUUACCCCGUCCAGAUGACCUCAUGGCCCAGCUCCGCAGUGCCAAGGUCUUUACUAAGUUAGAUCUAAGAUGGGGUUAUAAUAACGUCUGGGUCAAAAAAGGCAACAAGUGGAAAACGGCCUUCCGCACCAAGUAUGGUCUCUACAAAUCCCUGGUUAUGACUUUUGGUUUGACAAAUGCUCCCGCCUCAUUCCAACACUUCAUGAAUGACCUGUUCAAGGACCUAUUGGACGUUUGCGUCAUCAUCUACCUUGAUGACAUCCUAAUUUAUUCUAAGGAUGAUGCAAGCCACACCCAACACGUCCAUGAAGUCCUACGGCGCUUACUGGAGAACCAAUUGUUCUGCAAGGCCUCAAAGUGCACCUUCCAUGUGACAUCAGUGGAAUACCUGGGAAUAAUAGUGUCAGACAAGGGUUUUAGCUUGGAUAAACUCAAAAUCCAAGCCGUCCAGGAAUGGCCUACCCCAACAAAGGUCAAGGAAGUCCAGUUGUUCUUGGGAUUUGCCAAUUUCCUAUGUUGCUUUGUUGCCAACUUCAGUCAUAUAGCCAGGCCAUUACACAACCUGGUUAAGAAGGACACACCCUGGAAAUGGGAUACAAGGGAACAAGAAGCCUUCCAAUGGUUAAAAAAUGCCAUCACAAACGCCCUGGUACUCUGUCAUGCCGACCCGUCAAAACCUUACUUUCUGGAAACAGACGCAUCCAGCGCAGCACUAGGCUCUAUACUAAGCCAACAGCAGGAAGACGGCCAACUACACCCAUUAGGAUUCCUGUCUGAGUCAUUCAAAGGGGCAGAAAAAAACUAUGAUACACAUGACAAAGAACUACUUGCUAUCAUUUGCUCUUUCAAAUACUGGCGUAUCUUCCUGGAAGGAACCCUCCACCCUGUUACUGUAUUCACGGACCAUUGUAACCUGGAGUACUGGAAGGAGUCCCAAACGUUUGACUGUCGUCACGCUAGAUGGCACUUACUGUUAGCAGGUUAUAACUUCCAAAUUGUGUACUGCCUGGGAAAGCAGUCUGGGAAACCUGAUGCCCUCUUGCAAUGCUCCGACCAUGCCAACAUUCCACCCGCCACCCAGACCAUGCUCCCUACCCCCAUAUUUGCCAAUGUAGCCUUAGUAACGCCAGAAAAGGAACUCCAAUGCCAGAUUGAGGCAGCCCUAGAUCAGGACAAAUCCUUGGAGGAAAUACUCCAAUUCCUCCAAAAUGAGUCAAAGGCACCUCCAUCCAUCAAAAGGGCCUUCAAGGAUUAUCAAAUGGAAGCCGGUCUAUUAUUUUACCAAGGGCGUAUUGUGGUCCCUGACGUUGGCACACUAAGGACGGAAUUACUUUGCAUCUACCAUGACAGCCCCCUGGCAGGACAUCUGGGGAGACAAUGGACCCUGGAACUGAUCUCACGUGUAUACUAUUGGCCUGGCAUCCACAGUGACACAUAUUGGCACAUGGAUUCUUGUGAGACUUGCCAACGGAUUUGGAAGCCCAAGUACACCUCAAUACCGCCCCAACCCCUGGAGCUCCCUACUAGACCCUGGCAGCACGUGUCUUAUGACAUGAUUGUAGACUUACCCAAGGAUGGCAAUAGUGACUCCAUCUUAGUCAUAGUGGACAGCUUUACCAAAUACGUCAUCCUGGUAGAAUGUUCCAAGAAACUCAAGGCCCCAGAAUUAGCGGACCUCUUCCUACAACACAUAUGGAAGCGUUACGGCAUGCCUGAGAAGAUGGUCUUGGACAGAGGAAGAGUCUUUAACAACAAGUUCCUAAAGGCACUGUACCAAUGCCUGGGGAUAAACCCUCACUUUUCCUCAGCUUAUCACCCACAAAGUGACGGGCAAACAGAAAGUGUGAACCCUACAGUCAAACACUUCCUACAGGCCUACUCAGGGGUCAACCAGAAAGACUGGGUCAAAUGGUUACCAAUGGCGGAAUUUGCCUACAACAACGCCGUUCACAGCUCAGCUGGCAAAUCCCCAUUCAAGGCACUAUAUGGAUGGGAACCGGCCCUUACUCCUAGUAAUGUCCCAACCAACAUACCAGAGGCAGACAACCUGGCAACCCAAAUGGAGGCACAGUGGCGGGAAAUAGAGGCGGCACUCCGGCAAUCAAAGACACAAAUGACAGCCGGAGAAACAGGAGAACCAAUCAGUUUUGAAGUCAGCAAAGAGGCCUGGCUAGACGCCAAGAACGUGAAGCUAAAGACCCUGAGUCCAAAGCUAACUGAACAACGCAUAGGCCCCUUUGAGAUAACCAAGAAGAUCUCUGACUGCGCUUACCGCCUGAAACUCCUGCCAUCUAUGAGAAUCCACAACAUCUUUUACAUAGGACUACUGUCAAAGGUGAAAAGGGAUGCUAAACGCACGUUCAAGAACUGUCCGCCUCCAGUCACCAUGGACAGGGAGGAGGAAUACAAAGUAGAAGGAGUCACAGACAUGGAAAAAAGGGACGGAAAAUGGUUUUUUAGGGUUAAAUGGAAAGGCUAUGGAUCAGAGGAGAACACCUGGGAACCAAGGGAAAACCUCAAAAACGCCAAAAAAAUCCUGAAAAAAUUCGAAAAAGAAAUGAAGGAAAAGGCCCUUGGCGCUGCCAAGGCCCUUAAAGGGGGGGCAGUGUUGUAG